AUGGAUUCCGGCUCCCGUAAGCUCUAUCAUGUACAUGGAUUUGAUUCCAGACAAUUCCUGGAGCAUUAUGUUUCAGAUAAACCUGAUAUGGUCUUUGAAGAGGACUUCUUAAUAUUUCCAAUUGAAAAUUUUGUGAAAACUUUCAGGCCUGGUCAUAUAAGAGGAGAUGUCCUGAUUGACCUCAGCAUUGGUUCCAUGAUUCACUAUCUCUAUGCACCCAGUGAGUUUUUCAAACACAUCAUAAUACUGAAGGUCCGAAACAGAUGUAUCCUGGAGCUAAAAAGAUGGCUGAACACACGUACUGGAGCAUUUGAAUGGGGGCAUGCCACAAAGAUUCAUGUAGACAUAGAAGGAAAGAGCAUCGAGUUACAGGACAAAGAAGGAAAAGUGAAAGAAGCCGCUCAACAUGUAGCAAAAUGUGACCUCGAGAAAGAAAAUAUAAUGGAUCCGGUGAUCUUACCACUGGCAGAUUGUAUCAUCAGCGCUUGGCUCCUAGAUGCUAUCUCCAAAGAUAAAGAUGACUAUGUCAGAUAUAUCAGGAAGUUCUCACAGUUACUGAAACCUGGAGGACACCUUAUAUUAGUUGGAAAUGUAGAUAUGUCAUAUUACACAGUCGGGAAAGACAAGCUCCAUGCUAUCACAUAUGAUGAGGAUUUUGUCAGGAAAACUCUAGUUGGAGAAGGAUUUGUUAUUGAUAUCUGUGUGAGUAAGAAGGCCACAGAGAUGAGGCGAAGCAAAACUGUGAGUUUAAAGGAGAGGAAUUUCAACGAUAAAGAAUCAUUGUUUUCUCAAGAAUUGAACAAAUGA